AUGGGGAUCACCUGCAGUGAAGACGCCCGAAGUCAGGACUUCGCAGAGCAUCGUAUUUCUCAGAUUUUCAGAACUGAAUUCAUCUUUUCUUCUUCUUCUUCUUCUUCUUCUUCUUCUUCUCAUUCCUCUACAGACGCUCCGUACCUGAGGAUCUAUCUGCAGCAAGCUAAAGCUAACAAUAACACUAAGCCCACAGAUAUCAAUGAGGACCUGGUGGCUAACGUUAGCAGGAUGCUAACGAAUGAGCAAGCAGAGCUAGAAGCUAACAUUAGCAACAGUUUGUUGCACGUGAAUGGGGAGCAAACCGCUAAUGUUAGCGCCAAUGGAUUGGACGUUAGUGGGGACAUUAGCGGGGACGUUAGCAGGGACGUUAACGGCAGCACCAUAGUGGAGGUGUACGAAGGUAAAGAUGUGAUGCUAACCUUUGUGAUCGAGGCCUAUCCUCCAAUCAGGAGCCAGCGCUGGACCACAACAACACACAACAACGGCACGGUGUACCAGGAGAGCUACACUGCUAACGGCUACAGGUCUGAGGCCAGCUUGCUGCUGCCCCGCGUGCGUCAGGACGAUCGCGGUCGAUACUCGUUCCACUUCGGGAACUCGUUCUUUAACGGAUCGCAGAACAUCGACCUUCGAGUUUAUCGUUCUCCAAUCGUUGACAUCAGUCUGGAAAACAACACACUGACCUGCAGCAGCUCUGGUUAUCCAUCACCCACAAUCCUCUGGGGCACUUGCCCCGGCAUCCGCGACACGUGUGGAGACCUCUCCACCAAUCAGGAGGCUCCGGCUUCUGUGACAUCACAGCUGGAGGCGGAGCAGGAAGUGAGGAACCAGCUGAUGCUGCCUGCGUCCCCUGAUGAUGUCACUGCGGAGUGUGUGGCUGAGAACCGAGUGGGAGUGUCUCGCCGCGUCUUUGUCCUCCGGUCUGCAGGAACUCCGGCAAGGUUGUUAACUCCGGCUCUGAUUGGAGCUCUGAGUGCUGGGUCCGCCCUCCUCCUGCUCCUAUUGGUCGUCUUCUACAAGUGGAGAAUGAGACCCAGGUACGAGAUCCGGUGGAAGAUCAUCGAGACCAGCGAGGGGAACCAGUACACCUUCCUGGACCCAACCCAGCUCCCCUACAACCAGCGCUGGGAGUUCCCACGAGACCAGCUCCGCCUCGGCGCCGUGCUGGGCUCGGGGGCCUUUGGGAAGGUGGUGGAGGCGACGGCGUACGGUCUGGGGUCCCACGAUGCCACGCGCGUUGCCGUCAAGAUGCUCAAACCGAGCGCUCACUCGGAGGAACGCGAAGCUCUGAUGUCCGAGCUGAAGAUCCUCGGCCAUCUUGGUUACCAUGACAACAUCGUCAACCUGCUGGGCGCCUGCACUCGAGGAGGCCCCAUGCUGAUGAUCACGGAGUACUGUAGCCAUGGCGACCUGCUCAACUUCCUGCGGGCACACGCUCAGGACUUCACGGUGUCUAUGUUGAGCGUGAACGGAGUGAAGGGAGAAGUUUUCUAUAAGAACAGCCGGCUGCGGAGUGACAGCGGGAUCUCGUGCUGUUCAGACUACCAGGAGAUGAUGCCGGCUCUGAGUCCGGAAACAACACACCUGGGUGUGCAGACUGCCAGCGUCUCUGUGGGUGACCUCAUGAGGUUUUCCUACCAAGUGGCUCAGGGUCUGGACUUCCUGUCCACCAGGAAUUGUAUCCACAGAGACGUAGCGGCGAGGAACGUCCUGCUGACUGACCGCUGCGUAGCAAAGAUCUGCGACUUCGGUUUGGCCCGAGACAUCCGCAACGACGACAGCUACAUCGUGCAGGGAAACGCUCGCCUGCCGGUGAAAUGGAUGGCGCCCGAGAGCAUCUUCCAGUGUGUUUACACCGUCCAGAGCGACGUGUGGUCCUACGGAGUCCUGCUGUGGGAGACCUUCUCUCUGGGCAAGAGCCCGUACCCAAACGUUGCCGUGGAUACCAACUUCUACAAGAUGAUCCAAGAUGGCCGCCACAUGGAUCAGCCGGACUUCGCUCCAGCAGAGAUGUACCGGAUGAUGAAACUGUGUUGGAGUCUGGAGCCGACCGACAGACCCACCUUUAAGAUGAUUGGUCAGCUCAUCAGCAGCCUCCUCCCCCCCGCCAAUGACUCAUCGCCACAUCACAGCCACCAGUCGGCAUACAAGAACGUGGAUGAGUUCAGAGAAGAAGAAGAGGGGGAGGAGGAGGAGUUCAGAGCCGCUCUGAAGAGAGGGGAAGAAGAAGAUCCCCAUGACAACGUUGAUGACAAAGAGGAGGAGGAGCUUAUGAUGAAGAACAUCUACCAGCUUUCCUGAUCGUUUCAUCCAAUCAGAACCUGUCUCCUGUUGUCUCCAAUAAAGAUGUUCAAAGUGAAA